AACAGCACACGAUACAUGGUGGACAGUAAGAGCUGGGGCCUGGGCAGCGACCACCAGGACGAUCUGAAACAGGCCUCAAAGCUCUGCAAGAAGCUGAACUGUGGAGAGGCCGUGGACCUGGCCUACUCCACCCACGUCAGCCAACCCAGGAACCAGCUCAGCUGCUGGGGCCAAGUGGGUUCCUUCAACAACUGCAGCAUCAGCAGAGGCAUCUCAAGGAAGUCCCUGAGUCUCAUCUGUGAAGAACCCCCAAAGAAGGCUCCUCCACCCACGAGCCCCCCAACCGUGACAACUCCGGAGCCCACAGCUCCUCCCAGGCUACAGCUGGUGGCGGGCCCCUGGGGCCUGCACUGUGCGGGUCUGCUGGAGUUCUAUGCCAGGGGCCUGGGCGGAUCAGUGCUCUUUGAGGCUCUGGACAGGACUCACAGCCUCAAGAACCGCAUCUGUGAGGCCCUCCAAUGUGGCUCCUUCGUGAAGGACCUUCCAGAAGAUGAGACAGCCAGGGCUCAGGAGCCAGCGCUCAGUCAGCCCCUGCCCAUUCGCUGGAGACUCCGGAAUGCCAGCUGCGCCUUCCCUGAUCAAUGCUUCAUCCCGACACAGCCCCAGGACAGCAGCAGGCCUCUCGCUCUGCUCUGCUCUGGGUUCCAGCCCCAGGUGCAAAGCCGCCUGGUAGGGGGCAGCAGCCCAUGUGCGGGGUCCGUGGAGGUGCGGCAGGAUGGCCAGUGGGAGGCGCUGUGCAGCUCCUCCAGGUCCCCAGCACGGUGGGAGGAGGUGUGCCAGGAACAGAAGUGUGGCCAGUUCAGAUCCUACCGAAUACUGGAAGCCAGUGAGAACUCCCCAGGGUACCUGUGUUCCCAGGAGAAGCUGUCCCAGUGCCACCUGCUGAAGAAGAGAGUCCGCUGCAAGAAGGUGUUCGUCACAUGCCAGGAUCCAAACCCCGUGGGUCUGGGCGCAGGCACCAUUCUGAGCAUCAUCCUGGGUCUUGUGCUGGCGGCAGUGCUGCUGGCCAUGUUCGGGCCCAUGGCCUACAGGAAGCUGAUGAAGAAACUCCGCCAGAAGAAAAAGCGCCAGUGGAUCGGCCCCACGGAGAUGAGUCAGAACAUGUCUUUCCAUCGCAACCACACGGCCACCGUGCGCUCCCCGACAGACUCCGCUGCCCCUGCCAUGGAGAAUGAGUACAGCCAACCUCCCAGCAGUGCCUGCUCCGCAUACCCAGCUCUGGAGGGUGCCCUGCACCGUGCCUCGGUCCAGCCCGACAACUCCUCUGACAGCGACUAUGAUCUGCACAUGACCCAGAGACUAUAG